AUGGUGGCCCCUCAGGCAGUUUGGUCGGCCAUUGGUCUUGCUCUCCUUAUUGUCAACGGCAUUAUAGGAUUUGUGCUUGCGAAGUUUUUCUCCAUGAAAAAUUCGCGCAAAGAAUACAAAAUUGCAUACAUAUGCUUGCUGGCGACCUUUCAAGCUUUUCUGUACUCGAAUUCUGCAGUACAAUUCUUCUUGGGUAGUUUUUUCACUGUUCUUGGCUAUCGUUUCCUUGUUCCGGGUUUAACGGGUGGUUUAGGGACUGGAAAAAGUACUGUCGCAGCUUACUUGAAGUCUCACGGAUGGAAGGUGAUUGAUGCGGACGAGAUCUCGAGGGAUAUCUUGAAGCGCGGAUCCCCAGCGUUUUACCGCGUUGUGAAUGCUUUCGGCAGUUCCAUAAUUGACAAGCGUUCAGGAGAAGUAGAUAGAAAUUUCUUGCGUCAUGUUGUGUUUAACGAUCCAACCAAACGACGCUUACUAAACCGGCUGACACAUCCGUGGAUCAUUGCAACGAUCUUAUGGCGAAUAUUUAAGUAUCGCAUCUGUCUGUGGAGGCGACGCGUCCUCGUGGAUAUUCCUCUACUAUUCGAAACAGGAUUAAAUCUGGUGUGCGGACCAGUCGCGGUGGUCUACGUAUCGCAAGACUUGCAACUACGUCGUCUUGUUUCAAGAGAUCGGGCAUCGUCUGCGGAGCUACUAAAUUCGAUGAUCAAGAGCCAACUUCCUCUUAAGGAGAAAGUUUCACUAGCAGACAUUGCUCUAGAUAAUAAUUCAACAUUAGAGAACCUUUACGAACAAGUGAAAUGGCAUUUUCCAUGCUAA